UCAUGGAGACAGAUAAGCCAGUUGUCAUGGAGACAGAUAAGUCAGUUGCUACGGAGACAGACAAGUCAGUUUCCACAGAGACAGACAAGCCAGUUGCCAUGGAGACAGCUGCCCUCGCGCCCCCCGCACAGCCGUGUGAAGCGGAGCCGGUGAGCCCCUGCAGUGCGGACUGGGAGGAGCUGAACGACAGCUUCUUUGAGAACCUGACAGGGGGCGCCGCUGAGCUGGCCAGGAGCUUCAGCGAGAUGUCACCCUUCAAGGGCGGCAAAGCAGCAAGUUCCACAGAUGACCCGACCCUCGGCACUGCCGACGUCUGUAACAAGUUCGGCAGGUUCAGAGUUCAGGGGGUCGAGGCAGCAGAGCAUGAUGGGUAUGUGACCCAGCUGACCUUGCAGCUGACCAAUCCCGCGCACCGUAGCGGCCGGACCUGCGUUCUCCGCGACAGCUGGGCGGGACUGCCCGUCCAGUCAGGCGACAUCGUGCACGUGAUGGCGGAGUUUGGCGCUGAUGGCAUCUGCAUGGUGGACAGGGACCGCGGGUACAUUGUGGUGACCCCUGACCUCCUGAUGUCAUCAACAGCAGUAGCCAAUGGCAUCAAGUGUCUGCGGAGAGCUGUUCUCAGCGAGAGGUUCAAGGGCACAGACGGCUCCAGUAAACAGAUGCUGCUCGGUACCAUAUUACAUGACGUCUUCCAGGCAGCCACAACUACCUCGUUCAGCGCUGACUCCCUCAAGCAGAUCUCCCAGCAGGCAUUGCAGAAGCAGAGGCACCUUCGGGACAUGUUCAGCCUGAGCCUGACCCAGACCCAGCUGCAGGAGGAGAUAGCGGAGUACCUGCCCGUGAUGCGCAGCUGGGCCGACAGGUUCUACGGGACACGGGGAGCGGAGAUGGAGGUGAAGCUGCCGGGAACAACGUACCGUAACCGUGGCGAUGAACGGAGCACCGUGGCCGUCAGCUCUGUCAGGGAUAUUGAGGAGAAUGUGUGGGCUCCAAGGUUUGGGCUGAAGGGGAAACUCGACGUGACGACGGAAGUGCGGAUCCAGCCUCGGGGCAGGGACCCCCUGCGGAGAGUCCUGCCUCUGGAGCUGAAGACUGGCCGGGAAACCAACUCUAUAGAACACAGGAGCCAGGUGAUCCUGUACACGCUGCUGACCCGUGAGCAGCACUCCGACCCUGAGCUGGGCCUGCUGCUGUACCUGAAGACAGGAAACAUGAAGGCUGUUCCUGCUGGCCAUGUGGACAGGAGGGAGCUGAUCAUGCUCAGGAACAGGUGGGAGGGGGUUCUGGUGACCCAGCUGAAACGCUCGCUAACCCAGGAGGGGGACAGCGUGGUGCCGGCCCAGCUGCCUCCGGUCAUCAACGACCCACGUGGGUGUAAAUACUGCUCCCAGCUGGGUAACUGUGCUAUAUACAACAGAGUGUUUGAGUCAGGAGAAGCUGAAGGAGACAUGUCAGAGCUGCUGAGACAGGAGACAGAACACCUGAAGACGUCUCACCUGAAGUACUUCUCUCACUGGUACCUGCUGGUCAUGCUGGAGGACAGGGAGACCUCGCACAAGUCUCACCUGGCGCACCUGUGGUGUAAACCUGCCCAGGACAGGGAGAAGAGCGGAGACUGUGCCCACGGGCUGGAGCUGGCCAGGUGUGAGCCAGGUGUGGACGGAGACUUCACCUGUACCUUCAGGAGGAAACACCUGACAACCAGCUCCCAGCCUGCCCAGUCCCUGCGACUGUGCGUGGAUGACUACAUCCUGGUCAGUGUGGAGGACAGGAACAUGGUGGCGAUGUGCUCCGGAUUUCUCACCGAACUGGCAGAGGAAACUCUGUCUGUCAGAGUCGACAGGGACCUGUCCAAGUUCCCUGCAGACACCGUCUUCACCAUCGACAAAAAGGACGGGUACGUUUCCACGGCGACCAGCCUGGCGAACCUCGCCCGUCUGAUGGGGAAAACCGCAACAGCCGAGCGACUCCGGGAGCUGAUCGUGGAACAGCGCGAGCCUCGCUUCCACACAAGAGUCUCCGACAUGUGUCCAGCCGGCGCAAGGGAUACCAUCGCCAGGAUACUCAAAGGUCUGAACCAGCCGCAGAAGCAAGCGAUUUAGAAGGUCCUGGUUUAGGUUGAGUUGUUUAUAUUGUUUGUUUUACAAGGUCAGAACCUAACCCUAACCUUUACCCUAUAACCCCAACUCUACACCAACUCCGCUGUCGAUAACGUGCUGCUCAAACUCACCAAGUACAAGGUUGAUUUCCUGCGGCUGGGCAGUGCCUCCCGAGUCCACCCGGGCGUGGCGCCCCACACCGACGACCAGCUGACCCGAGGACUGACCUCCGUGGCCGAGCUGGACAAGCUCUACAUGGACAAGCCGGUAGUUGCGACCACGUGCCUGGGCGCCAAACACGCGCUGUUCUCACGGCGUAAGUUUGACGUGUGUAUCGUGGACGAAGCGUCUCAGAUUGCCCAGCCGGUGUGCCUGGGGCCGCUGGUGCACGCGGGGAGGUUCGUGCUCGUCGGGGACCACCAGCAGCUGCCCCCCCUGGUGCAGAGUGGUACGGCCCGCAGGAUGGGCAUGGACGAGAGUCUCUUUAAGAAGAUGGGACAUCAUCAGAGUGCGACAGCGACGCUGAACGUGCAGUACCGCAUGAACUCUGACAUCAUGGACCUCAGCAACACCCUGAUGUAUGAUGGGAAGCUUCGCUGCGGCUCCGACAAGGUCGCGACAGCACGGCUCGACCUUCCCGCCUGGGCACAGCUGGAGGAAGUGAUGUCAGGGCUUGGCGUGGCGUCGUCAUGGAUACGGGAAGCUCUCAGGCCGGACGCACUUGUCAGAUUCCUGGACACAGACAAGGUACCGGCAGUGGAGACCAGCGAACAGGGCGGUUUGAGUAACCGGACAGAGGCUCAGCUGGUUCGGACGCUCACAUCUGCUCUUGUCAAGGCUGGGUGCCUGCAGGAGGAUAUAGGCAUCAUCGCUCCCUACAGAAGACAGCUCCGGGUCCUGUCUGACCUGCUGCAGGGAGCAGGCUGCCCUGGGGAGGAGAACAACCCAGGGUACCCCGGGGUGGAGAUCAACACGGUGGAUAAAUACCAGGGUAGAGACAAGAGUGUGAUCAUGGUGUCCUUCGUCAGAAGUAACUCAGGAGGGCAGCUGGGUGAGCUCCUGCAGGACUGGCGCCGGCUGAACGUGGCAAUCACCCGCGCCAAGCACAAGCUGCUGCUGAUUGGCUCCCUCAGCACGCUGACCCGGUACGACCCCGUCGAGCGCCUGCUCAGCCAUCUGUCGGCCAAUCAGAUGGUUCUGGAACUCCCCCCAGGGGCAGAGAACAUUCCAGGUGACUUUUGAUUGGAGGAUGGCCAACCAACCACUGACUGGCUUUGACCCAGGUGUACAUGGGUGACCUGUGAUUGGAGAAUGGCUACCAAUCACAGAAUGGCUGUGAUCCAGGUGCAAUUUGUGGUCAGAGGACUGCCAACCAAUCACUGGCUUGGAUUGAUCCAGGUGCGACUCAUGAUUGGAGGAUCGCCAACCAGUCACUACACUGGUUUUAGUCCAUGCCAACCAAUGACUGAAAGAGGUCCUACAAGGUAACCAACCAAAAGUGUUAGAUAAUUUAACAUAUACACGUCUAAGGUGCAGGUGUGAACACUAUUGCGGUAAGAGCCACAGAGAUGUUUUAGUGGGUUUCUGCAAACAAACCCAGUGCUGCCAGGAUCACAGGACCUACAGUUCAGCCCAGUAUGGGAGGCCGUUCUGUAAACAGGUGAAUGUACGACAUAACUUCCUUUCAAAAUAAAUUAAGAAGGAAAUUGUCAAUCAUGACAAUUUUACUCAUUAUGUGCAGAACAAAUUUGUACUUCAUUGACAUCUAUUACUCUGAUACACUGCAGUUGUACAGUAUUAAAUGUAUUAUGUAUAUUUUAAUGAACUUCUCUAUUGCCAUACAUUUGUAUUUUUGUGAAUAUUGAUAAAGAAUAAAGUAUGUAGUACUGUCUGAUGUCUAUUCAUGAAUCUAUUUCAUCAAGUCUGUCUCCAUGACAGCAGCUUCCAUGGCAACAUUAGGUUUCCAUGACAACUGCCCAGUUUCCGUUGCAAAACAAGAAAGGCAGACAUAAAAACCACCUGACUAUUGUGUGUACCUAAUUAUUCUGAAAAGAAAAUGAGUAAAAUGUUACAAAGUGAAAAAACGAUUUACGACAAGUUGAUAUCCUUUCAAGUACUUGAUUGCUUUAUUGUAUUUCAGUGUUUUAUAGGCAGCAAACAAAGAAAGAAAACAGAACAAACAUCCAUGUUUUACAGACAAUGACCAGGUAAACAAGUUAGUAAACAUAAUAAAGCAAAUGUGCACCAAAAGGCAAGAGUCAGCUGACUUUGAGCCAACAUUGUGACAGAACAACAGUGAUGCUGAAGUGAAGACUCCAGGUUUGCACAUUUCAAAGCCUGAUACAUGUACUAGUAUAUCAAGUGAUAUCCUAAUGUGACAUUCACAACAACGAACAUGGUAGGUAGAACACGUAGCACAUUUUAUACAUCCAUCAACCCUGUGUGGAAGAAAGAUUUGGCAUAACUUUAACCCACUUGUAAGUAGUUCCCCGCUGACUCAUGUUUGUAUUCACAAGUAUAUGCUGCAGAGGAUGUAAGCAUGAAAGCUCAUCUGUGUUGAUGUAGUACAUAUUGAAGAUUUUCCACUGUCUUAUAACACCAAAAUCAGCUUACCUCGAAUUUAGUUUGGUGUUGUAAGACAGUGGAAAAUCAUCUUCAAUAUGCAGAGGAUGUGCCUUCUCUUUGGCUAGAUAAUUGUUACUCCAGGAACAGUACAGACCUGAUAAUGUAACCGUUACUUGAGUAAUGUAUUUUACCUUCAUCUGCCUUGAUUAUCGAUAAGACAGUUUAAGAUAAAGACUAUGAAUUGUAGAAAAACACUGGAAGAAUAACUGACUAAGAUUAAAUAUUGCUCAGUAUACAGAAAAUUUGUCUGCCAAGUCUGGUCCCCUAAAGUCAACCUGUCUGCAGUACCCUCACAAACAGGAAGGGGGUCUCCAUGUGUUUUAAAAUCUCAGACUUUAACACCAAGAAAAGUUGGUACCAGGCCUGGUUGGUACUGCACAUUUUUGCCCUUGAACUUGCUCAACUCUUUAUUCUACUGGGCUAGGAGGCCAGACCAAUUCCUUUGCUUGGUUCUACGCAAACUGUUGGAAGAUGGCAACGGAAAAAGACUUUGAGGAAUACUUGACUUAGUAUAUAUUAUGUCUAUAUCCACUCCCUGAAGCUGUGAGUACCAAGGUACAGAAUUUCCCCUCAGACAGUUUUCAAGUUUAUCUUUUAGUUCAGGAUUUUUUGUACUGGAAAACCAACAAAACUGAAAUCAGUUUGGCCUCAAUGCUACAGUACUUGGUC